UUCACGGAGAGAGAGAAAUGGAUCAGGGGUACAAGCAUUUCUGCCACUCGCACAACCUGAUCAUGCACCAAAUGCCUGAAGGUGUAGAAGUCUCGUGCUCUGGCUGCAACUCUUCCGGUACCGGCAUCGUAUAUGUUUGCUGGCAAUGCAACUUCUUCCUACAUGAGCAAUGCUACCGGGCAACCCGGUCUCUGCAACACCCAUCACACCCUCUUCAUCCCCUCACUUUGGUUCCUUAUCCAACUUACCCCUCCAAUUCCUUCUACUGCAAUUCCUGUCAAAGUAUUGGAACCGGGUUCUCCUAUUCCUGCGCAGAUUGUGAAUUUGACCUUCAUGUUCAAUGUGCUUUUUCCAUUUCUCGUGUUCCCAGUUUCCAGACAGCUCAUCAGUACCCCACAAGUUAUUAUGAUCCUGACCAAGAACUAGCUAUACCAGGUUGGAAUGGACAAAGUAUUAACAUGGCUCACAAUUCCCCCUUUGUUUCUGUUUCCUAUAGUCUUUCAAAUCCACCUACCGCUGCGCACAAUCCUUAUAUGGCUCCAAGUGCUCAUUCUGUUCCCUUUCCUAACCCCAUUACCAGUGAGCAAUAUUAUUCCACAGGUCAAGAUCUUGCUUAUGUUUCCAUUCCACCAGAUUGUCAGAAUUCAAUUACGACUGCGCAAGAUCCAUCCAGGGUCCAAGAUGGACCUUCCGUUUCCGUACCCACUAGUUCUCAGAAUUCAAUUGCUGGUGCCCAAUAUUUUUCCAUGGCUCAGACUGGACCUUCUGUUUCUGUUCCAAUUAGUUCUCAGAAUUCUAUCACAGGUACUCAAUAUCCUUCAAUGCCUCCUAAUAGGCCUUCUGUAUCUAUUCCCAUUAGUUCUCAGAAUCCGGUUGCUGGUGCCCAAUAUUCUUCCAUGGCUCAAACUGGACCUUCUGUUACAAUUCCCAUUAGUUCUCAGAAUUCUAAUACAGGUACUCAAUACCCAUCAAUGCCUCAAAAUGGACCUUCCGUUUCCAUUCCCACUAGUUUUCAGAAUCCAGUAACUCAAAUCCAAUAUCCUUCAUUGGUGCAAGAUGUGGCUUCUGUCCCUAUUCCUACCAAAAAUGAAAAUCCAAUUACUACUACUCAAAAUUCUAACAUGGCUCAAAAGAUUGCUUCUAUUUCCGUUCCUGCUGCUUCUCCUAAUAAUCAACUAGAGAGUCAUGUUGAAUCUGGUCAAAACCAAGUGAGCGAUAAAGGAAUCAUGCAUUUCAGUCACCCCCACAAUUUGUUUAUGGUCAACUUACAGGAUAAAGAGGAUGAGGUUGCUUGUUCAGGAUGUGAAGAAAACCUAAUUGGAAAGGGGUAUUCAUGUGUUGAACCAAAGUGCGACUUUCAUCUUCAUGAAUCAUGCUUUCAUUUGGAAAAAGAGAUUCGACACAAGUCACACCCAGAACACCCUCUAACUCUCCUCUCGUUAACGCCUCACAACGACAAAAAUAGUGAAUUUACUUGUAAUGCAUGCUUUAGUGAUGGUACAGGUUUCACCUAUCACUGUUCUGUUUGUACAUUUGAUCUACACGUCCAAUGUGUAUCCUUGCCUGAAACAGUUGAACGAAACGAUCAUGAGCAUGUGCUUAAACUAUUUUACUCAUGUCCGAAGAAAGGUGAAGAGGAGUUCUCCUGUGAUGUUUGUCAUGGGGCAGUCCAAAAGGAUCGUUGGGCGUACUACUGUGAAUCAUGUGAUUACUGCACACAUUUGGGUUGUGUGGAUUGUGAUGAAUGUGAAGGGGAUAGCGUUCUUGAUGCACAAAUGCAGCUCCAGAGGCUUCAGUUGCAAAUGGAAAUGACUCGACAGCAUGCCCAGUUGAUCGCUAGUAUGGGUGCGAGCCUGGUAAGCUUGGUAUAGGUACAUCGCCGUGGACUUCUACUGCAACCUGAAGGCGACUUUUUAGUUUUAUUUUUCUGGUCCAUGUUAGUUAUCUCUCUUUUCUAAGUGGGACUUCUUCUAGGUUAUUUCUAUUAUGUUCAUUGUUUGUUUGUAUGACAUAGGGAUCAUAAAAUAUUCGUUCAAAUAGUUCAUUUAUUGUUCGUCGUU